UUGAAACACAGAGUUCCGUAAACCUUUAUAAAUUCAUUAAAAUUUUGCCUCAUCAAUUUGGUGCUCUCUUCUAUAAAACCCAACUCCUCCUUUUAAUCCCUCGCACCCCCAAAAACCAGCCAUCCCUCCGGUUUCUUCUCUCUCUCUCUCUCUCCCUUCUUCCAUGGACGCGCCUCCAUCCCAAGCCAGUCUCCUCCUCCAAAAACAACUCAAAGAUCUUUGCAAGCACCCAGUUGAUGGAUUCUCGGCUGGUUUGAUCGACGAGGCUAAUAUCUUCGAAUGGAACGUCACGAUUAUUGGCCCCCCUGAUACUCUCUAUGAUGGUGGUUUCUUCAAUGCUAUCAUGAGCUUCCCUAACGAUUACCCUAAUAACCCUCCUACAGUCAGGUUUGCCUCAGAGAUAUGGCACCCUAAUGUUUACUCGGAUGGAAAGGUUUGCAUUUCAAUUCUUCAUCCCCCAGGCGAUGAUCCUAAUGGCUACGAGCUUGCGAGUGAGCGCUGGAAUCCAGUCCAUACAGUUGAGAGCAUUGUUUUGAGUAUAAUAUCAAUGCUUUCAUGCCCUAAUGAUGAGUCUCCUGCAAAUGUUGAAGCUGCGAAACAAUGGAGAGAAGAUAGAGACGGUUUCAGGAAGAGAGUAGGUCGCUGCGUGAGGAAGUCACAAGAAAUGCUAUAACCCAUCACAUAACAUGCGGCCAGAAAUACUUUUUGUUUUAUUCAAGGAGUGAGCUGUUUGCAAGUAGAUCAUUCCAUUCCAUUUUCUGUCUAAUCUUGAUCGUCCAAAACUGCUGUUUUGUUACUAGUUCAGCAAUGAGAUUUGGAUAUUUUAUACAAGUCCUUUUUAUA